AUGCAAGAAGGAUCCCCUAGCGCUUGGAAAGACAUCUUGCAGCAAGAUUUGAUUGCGUACAAGGGUCUCACAAUGUUUGAUGAGAUCCUAUCAAAGGAAGAGUGCUUUGAUGCUUUGGCGCUUCAUGGUCAGAUGAAGUCCAGCUAUCAGAAUAUGCUUGCCUCGAUCCAGAACAGACAUGCGCCAUUGGCAGUUGGCAGACGGCCGAAACCUGUUGAGCAACGUAAGAUUUCUGCCUUAAAGCGUAAACUUGGAGCCCUGGCCUUGGAAGGAGACUCACUUGCAGAUUUGGCUUUGAAGAAAGUGGAGCAGCAGCAGAAGGAAUCACUUGCUUCCAAUGAAGGACGGAGACGAGGCUCAGCAAAGGCAAAAGCUGCUGCCAGAAAAGUUCUGAGGAGAAAACAUGCAGCAAAGAAGAACUACAAGCGAACAAAGGGAGAUGAGUUGUCUUUGCUCAAGAAACGCAGCAUCGUUCGGUGGAGCUUUGAACAUGAGGCAAACGUUGAGGGCAGCCUGGACCGAGCAGUCAAAGAACAAUUUCCAGAGUACAGCAGCAGACGCUUGGCACAUUGGAGGCGGCAAUAUCACAGCCAGGGUUGGGAAAAUGUACCAGACCAUGUAGCAGCCAAAGUUCCUCAGGUUCCGAACAAAUACCUUGACCUCCAAGCUCCCAAGAGGGGCCCGCAGAACCGCAACUAUGGUUUGCCAGAAAACCUCCAGACUGUGUUGGAGGGUCAAGUGAAUCGUCUUGCAGAAGGAGAGCACGGGAUCAUGGCACGCAGCGACCAUGUCACCCGUCAUGACUUGGUAGAAACCGUGCAGUGGUUGCAAGAGACGGUGAACAAGGAGAUUGACUCUGAAAAAGCUGCUGUGCAAGAUCGGAACCGCGAGCGCUUGAGCUCUUUUGCUCAAGCCUCUGGUGAGAUGUCCUGGGAGGAGCUUGCUGACCAGAUGGAGAUAGAGCCAGGCUAUAUCAAAUCCAAAGACUUCAGGCAUGUCGCGAUGAAAUUUUCCAAGGGCCGUGGCUACACAAAGCAAGCGACAAAUGCAAGCGGAACCUACUUACCAUACGACGAUGCACAAAUGCAGGAGAAAGGCCGUGGAAAAUUCUACAUCCACAAGAAUGACGCAGGGGGCCAUUUCAUGCAUACGGAAUCCACUGUGAUUUUCUUCCACCGCCUGUUGAAGGACGCAUUCGAUGCACGCCGCCAGAGGUUUAACUUACAUGGACGGCGUGGUAUGCUUGUCGCCGACGCGUUCACCGGCAAUUUCUCGGGGAAAGAAGGCCAGGACAACCAUUGA